GAAGGUAGAAUUAUUUUAAAAAAUUACUGUACGGUCAUAAGGAAUAAAAAUCGGAUCCCCAAACCCGCUAUCCAGUAUCCAACCCGCAAUUCCCUCGCAUGUUUUCAUGUCUCCAUCUUUGCCGCUUAGUCUCUGCAACCAUCGAAAAUGUCCAAAUCCGGCUUCAAUCUCCCUCGCAACAACUCGCUCAUGACUCAGGACCAGCUCAUCGACUCGCUCACCUCCCACAUCUCUCUCUACCAUUCUCACUCUCUCCCUUCUUCAAACCCCAACCCCAACCCCAACCCCAACCCAAGGUCCUCCAUUCUCAAAUGGUUCUCCUCUCUCAGCCUCCACCAGCGUCAAGCUCACCUCACGGUCGUCGAACUCGAAAUUUGUCCAGGUUCUCAUUCAGAUGCUCGGAACAGUACGCACGCGCGGUCACGGCCUCUUCAUAGUCCUCCCGGACCUGCCCACGCGCGACCUUCCAGGCCUCUGCUCCAAGAAGUCACGUGGCCUCCUGUCUAGGGUUGCCGAGUCGAACCGGUCGGAGAGGAGAAUAUUUGAGGCAACUCGGUUGUUCAAUUCGAGGGAAGGUGAGAGAAUCGAGGAGUGCUCGUGUUCAGUGAAGGAUAUGGAUUCCCUGACCGUGAGCGAGGACUUGGUGGAGAAUUUGGAUAGGUUCGUGGAGGCCAUGGAUGGAAUUUCUAACGGAAGCUUCUUGAGAGGCGAAGAGAGUAGUGAAUUGGGAUCGGAUUGGGUAGAAUUGGAGUGGUUGAAAGCAAAAGGGUAUUACAGUAUUGAAGCAUUUGUGGCCAACGGGCUAGAGGUGGCUCUGAGGUUGGCGUGGCUAAAUAACAACACUAAUAAUAAGAAGAAAAGAGGGGUGAAAUUGAAAGAAAAAGCAAAUGCCGUGGGAGUGGCUGCGAAUGUGUAUUGGAGGAAAAAGGGUUGUAUGGAUUGGUGGCGGAAUUUGGAUAUUACAACUAGGGGAAAACUCUUGACUGCGGUCUUGGGAAAAAUAGCUAAAUAUUUGCUUAAGUUCGAUCCUCUUAUAUUUUCAGACUCUAUGAGAUUCUGAAGGGGACCAAUGGUGCA